ACCCACUCAAAGAUUUUGUUUCGAAAGUUUUGUUUGAGUUUUUGGGAUAAUAUGGCUGCCAGCUGUUGUGGAGUGAAGAAACAAAAGCUGAACAAUUCAAUGCCUGCAGUUUGCUGCAAUGGAUCAGCCAUACAUCCCAAUCAUUAUAAAAAUGGCUAUACUGUGUCAUGUGUAGAUAUGUGUAAUUUUUGUUUUGACGUUCUUCAUAGUCACCUGUAUAAUUAUGAUCCGCCCAAGACACCGUCUUUCACCAAUGAAGCAUAUCCACUCUUUGUAACCUGGAAAAUAGGCAGCAAUCGUCGUCUGCGUGGUUGUAUUGGAACAUUCACAGCUACUAACCUACAUGGUGGUCUCAGGGAAUAUGCAGUUACAAGUGCAAUGAAAGACAGUCGAUUCAGUCCCAUCACUAAAGAGGAGUUCAACAAAUUGCACUGUUCUGUAUCAAUACUCACAAACUUUGAGGAAGCCAGGGACUAUUUAGACUGGGAGGUUGGUAAGCAUGGGAUCAGAAUAGAAUUUUUGAAUGAAAAGGGUCACAAGAAAACUGCCACAUAUUUACCAGAGGUAGCUAUAGAACAAGGCUGGGAUGCUGUACAGACAAUAGACUCUCUUCUUCGCAAAGGAGGUUUGAGGGGACCAAUUAACAAUGAAGUCCGUAGAAAUAUAAAAUUGACACGUUAUCGAAGCGAGAAAAUAACAAUAAGUUAUAACGACUAUUUAGGUCACAGACAAAAUGGACAUGCAUGAUGAUAGCUUUGUACAGCAGGGAUCCAGUAGCUCAACUCAUUCUCACAAGGACCACUGAAGAAACCAUUAUACAGGGAACCAGAUCUUGUAUGCAUGAUUUCAAAUCUAAUUAUGACUUUUUUUUAUCAGUCAAUAAAUAUGUUAAGUGAUGUUGGUUCAUCUGAAAACAAAACCAUUGACAUAGAUUAUUGAAAAGUUUGUCAAGUAAGCUUUAGUUUUAUGUGUAGAUUAAUCAUGAAAAUGAUAUACAACCAUCAUAUUUACAAUAAGUAAAAUGUAUGGUAAUUAACAUAUUUUUUUUUAGUAAAUUGGGAAAUAUUUUUUAAAGUAACAAUGACAUUUGAGUUCUGUGUCCUAAUUUCAUAUAGUGUUUAGUAAAAUUGGAAACCGACCUAAAAGGAAAUGUAUAGUUAAGUACAAUUUUUAUUUCACUAAAAGUUUUUAUGUUUUACAUGAGACUAAGGUUUCAACUCCCUCAGGCAAGUCUUGAUAAACCUAUCUGAUUGAUUGAUUAAAUAAUUGAUUGUGGUUUAACAUCCCAUUUGCACACAAGGGCUUUGCCACUGCAAGAACAUUUAAUCUGUAUGCAUGUAUGACUUCAUUUUUUACCAUGUCUUGAAUGUAACUUAAAAGAUAUUUAUCAAUCAAAAUACAAACCUAUAAACACAAUCAGCUGUAUAUCAGGGUAUAGUGUUUGGUAACACCUUUCAUGUUUGAAUGAUCAUGGAAUAUUCAAGUCAUGUAGGUAAAUAUGUUUCAUUUGCCAUUUCUGUUUCAUUCUUAUGAUCUCAUUCUUGUCUUUGAAAGUAGAAUCAGUCAUUUUGUGAGCAUUAAGUUUGCUUUCGAUUGAACAAAGAACAUCAUUUAGCAGUGUAUCUCUAAGUCAUCAUCCUUAAGAGGCCUUUUUAACCUGUGUACUGUAUGAAGUAAGUUAUCAUGCAGAGAAUCUCAUUUGCUCUACAUAUAUAUGCCCAUGUUAUAUCAACCAUUUCUAAAAAUGAAUUUGUUUGGUCAUAAAAUUUUGAAUACAGGUGAAUGAAAUUGUCAUGUUGUAUGUUUGUAUUAACUUUAUACUUAAGAAAAUAUUGUAUUGGUGUUUGACUAACAGAAAAAGUCAGAAUGUAGAAAGACAUGUGCUGACCCAAAAAGAGAACUAUUAACCCCAAUUGGGAUGAUAAAAGGUAUGGAAGGCUUGUUAAUCAUGUAAAUACCAGCAUUGAUAUACAAAUGUCAAUUGCAUGGUGUUUUUGCAAAGCAAAACCAGCAUUAUAGUAGACAAGCAUACCUGUAAUGUUAUACUGCAAUAAGGCAUAGCAGAUAGUUAUAGAUUUUCAACCAGUCUGUCUAAACUAGAAAUAAUUUGUACAAAAUCUAUUUUUUUAUCCAAAAUUAAUCAUUUGAUCAACAAUUAUUAAAAGAAAAAAAAUUGUCAAUUGAAGAAAAAUUUUAAAAUUCAAACUUCUAUCAGAUAUAAUUUAUGAAUUCAAAAGAGCAAAAUCUGGUCUUAUAGUUGACUCAAUAACUCAAAUUUAAUCCAACCAAUAGAAUUGUUUAUUGUUGACCAACAUUUUUGCAUUUAUAUAUGCAGUCUCAGGGAUCACUUAUAUACAUGUUUAAUAUUUAUUGUGUACAGAUUUGACCACAAAAACAUGCAAGCAAUAAUAUUUUCAAACCACCAACCAUAAGUAUAAUUUGUCUAGUUUACCUUAUUUUCUUGGCUCAUUUAUACUUCCAAAGUGACAACCAUGCUAGUCUUGACAGUAACAAGUUAAAAUUAAUAAAAUUUUAAUGCUAGGGCUUAUUUUGUAUGUUUUGUUGUAUUCGUUCUUUUUAAUUGGCCAAAUAUUUAUAUUUCUUAAUUCAAAAUAUUUCAUUAGCCAUUAAUGUUUUGCCUUCACAGACUUGUUAGUCAAUGUAGUGCAGCAACGUUUCGAAAACAAAUUUCUACUUGAGGGCCCAUUGUUCUGUUAUUUAUUUACUUCUGAUAGAGAUCUGAAUCCACUGUCUGUCAAGCAAGAGGUAAGAUUAUGUGACAGUCAUACAAGAGAUGAUAUAUUUUAACAAUUGUGUGACAGUCAUGUAAGUUGUCAAAGUAAAAGUAUGAAUGAGUUUUGUUAGUAAACAAAAAUAGACAAAAAAAAAUGUUUUAUUUAAUCUCCAAUAAUUGGGUAGAAAUCCAUAUUACCAGAACAAAAACAUGUUACUUUUAAAAAGGAGAGAGAUGUCAAUUUGUAAAAAACUUUUCUUUUUACUUUUGAUGUAGUUUUCAUGGACGAAAUGCUAUAAAAGUCCUUUUGCAUUUUUUUCUUAGUUAGAUUUAUUGCCUAGUUGUUUGAAUUGUGAUGUUUGUAAUUUCCACGAUAGUAUCAUUGUUAGAGCUAAAGGUCCUUGGCUGUACAAUUAAUAUUAGGAUAUUUCAAUAUAUUUGUCAUUUAUAUAUUCAAAAUAUUGUUACACAUUAGUAUAUAUCUAGAGUUGGUAAAAUGUUUGAAUUUUAUACUGAAUUCAUAUUUUAUGUGUGCAUGUUUUAGUGUGUUUCUAUUUUAUGUGUUGUUGGUAACAUUCUGUCUGUUAAUGUUAAGUGUGUUCCAAGAUGGAAGAAUUUUAUGCUGACUUUUUUAUUCUUUUUAUUUAACGAAGCUACUUCUCGGGAUUGCAGGUCAUAGAAUUAUAGCAUGCUGUACUGCUGAAUUCAAAGAUUAUGGAACAAAUUACAGUAGAUUGAUUAAAAUAAAUGCACAACAAAACACCAUAUUAUAUACUUGGACUAUCAAUCCUCUGCUUUAUCAGGGGGAUUGGGGGAUCUUGGUCACUAAAAUGGUGAUUUGCCUUGUUAUUUUAAGAAAUAAGUACAAGUCCAGUUACUGUCAUUGCUUUUCAUUUUUUUUUUAUUAAUGAAAAAAAAUGUUUACAUUAAUUACUAUUUAUUUUAAUGUAUUUUCAAAAGAUAAGAAAAAUUCACAUAUGAAGCAAAAUUAGUCUUUGGCGAUUCUAAAUUUUAUCUGACUUUAUAUGUUGUUUUUUUUCUAUAUGGAAUUGACAUAGUUUAAAACAACAGAUAUUUUUUAAAAGACCUUGAAAAACGUAUGUUAAAAUACUAAUUAAGAAAAAUAAGGAGAUUUACCUUAACUAAUAUUUUUUAAAUGAAUAAAAAAUCCUAAUAUUUGCCACAUCACCAGUAUAUCAGGUAUAUUGAAUGAUGUGAUGUCCUUUCCCAGCAUGCAAGCUUUAUUUUAACAACUCUCUGAUUGCAUUUGGAUAUUUUUAUUCUAGAUAAAUUUAUUUUAAUACGUCUAAAUGCCAAAAGUAAACAAAAAUGUUAUUCUUUAGCUCCCAACUACUUAUUAUUACUUAACAAGAUUUUAUGUAUAUCUCAAUGUAUGCUUAUACUGCAUCAAAAAAAUAUUAUACCAACAAAUCUAUAUUUAAAGUGAAAGUAUUCUCUUUUUACAAAAGUAUCUCUGCAUUUGUUUUCUUUAGAUCUACCAAACCCUACAACAGUCAGCAGAAAAUAAAUAAUGCAUGAUAAAAGGAAAAUCAAUAGGAAAAGGGAAUCUUAAAUAUUACUCUAAGAUCCCACAAAAGCAGGUUGUGAUAGGUGUUAAAAAUUCAUUAAACAUUGAUACAAGUGAGGAAACAUUAUUUUAAAUCAUGAAAAAAUGUUGAUAUUUGUUUUAUGUUACUGAUGAUUAAAUAAUUAGACAUUCUGAUACUGUUUGAAGAGUUGGUCUUGAAAGAUCUCUCUGUUUUUCUUAUGUUUUAUAAAGUUGUGAAUGGUAUAUAAGUUUUUAUAUUGUCAGUAUAUUGUAUGAAUUGUGGCAAUGGCCACACAAAUUAAGCUUCUAAAUGAUAUUUUAGGGUUAUGAUGUAUGAAGGACUGAUUAUAUAUGAAUGAGUGUCAAAAUAAAAUAAAAGUUGAAAAUAGUAAA